GGUGUCAGGGCAACCGGUGGGGCUCGCCUCCGAAAGCGCUGCCAGCUCUCCCGUCGUUCUGUCAGGCUGUUGCCGUUUCAAUAAAGUUGCUUGAAAGCUUCCGCAGCGUCAGCCAGCAUGGCGGCCAGUGGUGCCGGUGUGACGGUGUUGGCUCCCAAUGGAAGGCGGCAGGUGGUGAAAGUGACAGCCGGGACCCCUCUGUUGCAGGUGCUGGAAGAAGUCUGCAAGAAACAGAAUUUCAACCCCAGAGAGUAUAACCUAAAGUUUCAGAGGACAGUGCUGGAUCUUUCUCUUCAAUGGCGAUUUGCGAACCUUCCCAACAAUGCCAAACUGGAGAUGGUGAGCUGCUCGAUGCAGCGAGCUGGAGCAGAAUGUUCGAAAGUUCGGGUAGCCUUGCAGUUGGAAGAUGGCACGAGGUUGCAGGAUGAGUAUCAGUGCAGCAAGACGCUCUGGGAUGUCCUGGUCUCUUUCCCUCAAACUAAGGUGUGUUUGGACGAGGUUCCUCCUGGAAGCGUUGCUGUAUGCAUUUAUAUGCGGGAUGAGGUAUCCGGUGAAUCUCUUCUGAAGCAAACAUCUCUUCUAUCCUUGGGGCUCACAGGCGGAAGUGCCAUAAUCAGGUUUGUAGUGAGGAAGAAUGACCCGUCUGGGAGCAGACAGCCUUCAAGUACAGAGGAGGACACAAAAAGAGAGAGGGGCUCUGGCCUCAAGGAAGGGUCCAAAGUUCUUCCAACAUCAGAAGAUGUGAAGAAAAAGCCAGCACCUUGCCAGGAGGAGAGGUUGUCUAUUAAAGCUUCAGGGAGAGAAGAACCCCAAGAAGUUGCAUCAGCUAAAGCAGCAGCUUCCAGUGUAGAGAAAGUGCAGUCCAGUGUGGACAGUGUCAAGCCAAAAGCUCCUACUCAGUCUCGAGUGACUUCCUUUGUUCCAUUCCAAGGCGGAGGCUAUCGUCUAGGUGGUGCCAACAUUCCUGCAGCUUCGUUCGAAGAUGACCUGCAGUGUGCCACUGCUCAAGAGCCUUUACACAGUCCAGAACAUUCUAAGCCAAAGAAAUCAAAGACUGAUAUAGAGGACAGUGAGUCCGAGUCUCUAGACAGAGAACCCAUUGUAUGCUACCUGGAUUUGGAACGGAACGUACGUGCCAAUAAAAUGGAUCUACCCGAUGAUUUUUUUGAGGUCACAGUAGAUGAUGUGAGGAGAAGGUUUGCAGAACUCAAAAGAGAAAGACAUCGUCUGGAGGAAACCCCGCUAAUGACUAAAGCUUUAAGGGAAGCACAGCUGAAGGAAAAACUGGACAGAUACCCUAAGGUUGUCCUUCGAGUCCUCUUCCCAGAUCGAUUCAUCCUACAGGGAUUUUUUCAAGUGACAGAUACAAUUGGAGCAGUGAGGGAGUUUGUGGAGAGCCACCUGCAGGAACCUGGGAUCCCAUUUUAUCUGUUUAUCACACCCCCACGAACAGAACUGAUGGAUGACUCUGAGACUCUCUUCCAGGCACGCCUUUUCCCAGCUGCAUUUGUUCAUUUUGGGUCAGUGGAGCAAAGAGAUCAUUACCUGCAGCUUCAUCUACUGACAGCCCCGAUGUCUCCUUCUCAGGCGGAUAUGGUGGUCGCCAGAGCAAUGCCACGUGUUUCAGGAUCCUAUACUGCCCCCGUCAUGGAAGACCUCCCGGGACCCAGCUCGCAGGUAUCUCGGCGAGCACCAGAGAACUACGAAGAGGAGCUCGGGAUUUCUGACUCCAAUCAGCAAGUUCAAAGAGAUGCCAGCAAAGUCCCGAAAUGGCUGAAGCUGUCAGGAAAGAAAUAAGUGAAGUUCCUUUUGGUCUUAUUAUGAGGAUUUCUCUCCGAAAUGAAGCACUCAAGACGCCUAGAAACCAGCCACUGGGAGGUGUCGAUGGAUGAAGAGGCUUCGCCAGUCUUCUGCCAAUCGGUCCAUACAAAUGUGAUAUAUAUCCCAUAAAUGUACUGCUUCAGCUGUGCUGAAGGUGGUGAGUGUACAGAAGGUUGCUUGCGCAUUAUUAAACUAGUUCAUGUUU